CAGGGGACAGGGUGAUGAUGGGUAGGUGCUUGGGUGGAUAGAGCUCGGCCAAGGCCAUGGGCUGCUUGGAACAGCUUGUGGGAAGGGACGAAGGCAAGGACCUGGAAGGGGGGUGCAGGGCAGAGGAGGCCCUGGAGGGCAGAGCAGGAAGGUGAGGCUGACGUGCCUGCAAGGGAUGAUGGGCCAGGACACGGAGGUGGAAAGGUGCAGGAGAACUCCCCUGCCCAGCAGGCCGGCCUGGAGCCGUACUUUGACUUCAUCAUCACCAUUGGGCACUCGAGGCUGAACAAGGAGAAUGACACGCUGAAGGCCCUGCUGAAGGCCAACGUGGAGAAGCCCGUGAAGCUGGAGGUGUUCAACAUGAAGACCAUGCGGGUGCGCGAGGUGGAGGUGGUGCCCAGCAACAUGUGGGGCGGCCAGGGCCUGCUGGGCGCCAGCGUCCGCUUCUGCAGCUUCCGAGGGGCCAGUGAGCACGUGUGGCACGUGCUGGACGUGGAGCCCUCUUCACCUGCCUCCCUCGCGGGCCUGCGCCCCUACACGGACUAUGUGGUGGGCUCGGAUCAGAUCCUGCAGGAGUCCGAGGACUUCUUUACGCUCAUCGAGACCCACGAGGGCAAGCCGCUGAAGCUGCUGGUCUACAACUCCGAGUCCGACUCGUGCCGGGAGGUGACUGUGACUCCCAACGCAGCCUGGGGAGGAGAGGGCAGUCUGGGCUGUGGCAUCGGCUAUGGGUACCUGCACCGGAUCCCCACGCAGCCUCCCAGCUACCACAGGAAGCCGCCCGGGACCCGGCCGCCGGCUGCCUCACCACCUGGUGUCCCACCACCGGGACCCGCCCCUCAGGCUGUUCCCGACCCUCUGAGCCCAGAGUUGGGCUCACGGCAGGGCGACUACACAGAGGCCCUGCUGCAGGUCCCGGGUUCCUCCACCGAGGAGCCACUCACUGAGGCCUGGAGUCCCGUCCACGGCGCUCCAGACCCAGACCCCGCGGCGCUGGCACGUUCCGGGGAGAUUCCUCUUCAGCCCCCGCCGCCACUGCAGCGAGUCAUGGAUCCAGGCUUCCUGGAUGUGUCGGGCAUCGCCCUCCUGGACAGCAGCGAAGCCGGGGUUUGGUCCGGCCCGCCGCCCCCUGCCUCGCUCACCUCCACCGCGGGCCCCGAGGAGGUGGGCUCCAGCAGCUCUCACGAGCGAGGAGGUGAGGCCACAUGGUCAGGGUCGGAGUUUGAGGUCUCCUUCCUGGACAGCCCCGGGGCCCAGGCCCAGCCAGACCACCUGCCUCAGCUGACACUUCCCGACAGCCUCACCUCUGCGGCCUCCCCAGAGGACGGGCUGUCGGCAGAGCUGCUCGAGGCGCAGGCAGAGGAGGAGCCGGCAAGCACAGACAACCCCGAUGCGGAGGUGGCCAGCCCGGCCCAGCUCCCCAGCCCCGAGUAACACGCUGGGCGGGGGCAAAGCCCCGGACGUUUCCCGCGGCCCCGAGUUCCACGCAGCCUUCCGAGCCUUUACUCUGCCUGGCGGUCCUGGGUGGGGGAGCUGGGCUCCAGCCAGCCCGCGUGGGGUGGGAGGAGAGGAAAGGCUUGGGAGAGGAGCGGUCUCUGCCGAGGGGGUCUCAGGGAAGGAAGGACACCUCCUUAAGCAGCUGGCGGGACUGUGAGGGGGGCUGGGCGGGAGGGAGGAAGGGGUGUUGUGGAAUGCUGGGGGUCUGUCGCUUGCUGCCCCCUGCACACAUGCAUCCUACGCUGGCAGGAAGCCCACCAGUUCCACCAGCUCCCCAGGGGCAGGGGUCCCAGAAGUGCUAGGCCCUUUGUGCUCCGCCCCUUCCCCUCGAAUCCUCACACCCCACAGCCCCAGAGUGACUGCUCUCGGCAUCUAAGCUUGUACAGCUUGCUCUGAACAUCCGAGGCAGCCAGGCAGCCUUGGUGGUGACCGGAAAUUGCCAUUUUCCGUUUCCUUCCCUGAGUGGACUCCCCAGAGCAGACUGCCCAGCCGAGGGCUGCACAAGCAGGCCUGACCCGCCUGGGCCAGGGUGGGGAAGGAGAAGGCGCCCUCUGUUUGCCCACAGUAUGGGGGGUGUUUCUCUCGCCCUCAGUGCCUUUGGCAGGAAGGGGAGGCUUUGUCCUGGGUGGGGCCCCUCCCCCAGAGCACCCACCACAGCAGAGUCCCCACCUUCCCUCACCCCUCGCCCACUACACUCAGCGCCUGCUGCAAAGACCCACUCUGCGUCCUGAUGUGUGAAGUUUGCACUUACAAGGAAUUCUGAACCCAUAGAACUAUAGCCUCUCAUGGGACAGCAGGCCCCAGGUCAAGGGCACCUCCUACCUCUAGCCCCGUGAGUACCAAGCGCUCGUGUGCAGCUACGAGCAUGCUAAGCUUGUCCUGCAGGGGGCAGGGUCACUGCCCACGACAGACUGGUCACUCCCCGCACUGCUGUGCCCACAGUGCCAUCUAGCACCCCACCCAGGUCUGCUACCACCCACGGGGCCCAGCUCUCCCCUCCUCUCUCCCCAGCCCCCUGCCCCUCUACCCUGAUGGGGCAGAAAAUAGAUAUUAAUGUCAUUUCCAGGUUGGACAUGAAGCCACAAGUUUCUCUUUGCCUCUGUAACCAUGAAGGAAUGUGAUAAGUGGGAAAAAAAUAAAAAUAAACGUGCAUUACACUUUGAAAUAUUUUAACUAAAGCCUUUAUUCUAUACAACUGUGAAAUAACAGGUUUUUACUCUUUUGGCAUAGCAGACGGUCAAACUCUCAAAGUGAUUACUGGUUUGACUGGGGGGAGAAAAAUGUACAACCAUGCUUGGGCAGGGGGUGGAGGGAGGGCUGGGUCGGCUGAGACCCUCGGACGGAGGGAGCUCGGCAGUGGGGCGGAGGGCUCGAGGCCCCUACGAGCACACCCAUGGCUGCUCCACAAGGGUGGGGGGCUGCUGCUGCCACUGAUUCACGACUAUUGCUAAAAAAAUGCGCACCCGACGUGCACUGCUGUAUCUGACAGAUAGAAAGGAUUUUCGACAAAAGAAACCAGCUGCUCUUUGCGUAAGGGAGAGACUCGCUGGAAAUGUGGCGCGUCUUCACUGCCGCCUGCCCAGUGCCACAGGUGGCCGGUCCCUUUCCAAAGGCAGCUGGCAGCAGGGAGGGGCCCGUCUGCAGCCAACAGUGAGAUCUGGCCCCUGCCCGUCCCAGACCUGCUGGACAGGUCACACACAAGCCGGGGGAGGGAGGCAAUCGGACCGGAAGCAACUGCCCUCUGAAGGCACUUGUGCUCUGGCUCACACAGGAGGGUGUCGGCAUCCUUCUGAGAGCUCAGGCCACUGAGCUGCUCAGAAUGCAAAUGACCUUAGGGAGAACCCAAAGUUUUUUUUGUUUUUGUUUUUUCCUGCCCAAAGCUAAAGUGUUUAUCCCCAAUAAGUUAUAUACUGUACAAGAUCCAAAUGGUUCUAUGAAAGCUUUAGAGUGUUAGAAAGAACAGUGAAAAGAAAUCUGAAUACAACAACAAAAAC